AUGGAGAACCACACCAAUAAAGAGAAGGAACCAGAAAGGAAAGAGGAAGACGCAGCCCUGAUUGAAUUCUAUAGCUCCUUCAAGGACCUUUUCGAAUUCUUCUGCCUCAACACCACCAUCCAUGGCACCAUCCGCCUGGUGUGCUCGAGCCGCAACAAGAUGAAGACAGCCUUCUGGGCCCUCCUCUUCCUCGCCAGCUUCGCCAUGUUGUACUGGCAGUUUGCCCUCAUCUUCAACCAGUACUGGGAGUACCCGGUCGUCAUGUCCCUCGCGGUUCACUCGGAGCCUAAAAUGUUCCCAGCUAUCACGGUCUGCAGUCUUAAUCCCUACAGGGUUGAUGCAGUUGCAAAAAAUAUGGUCCAGCUGGACAAUCUGGCAAGAGAAUCAGUAUACAAUAUAUAUGGCUUCACCAUCCCGGAGAAAGAACUGGAAGACAAUGAAAGUAUCCAUGUGGAGAACUGGUCAAACCAGACAGGAGCCAAGGUCGAUGGCUCCAGCUUCCAUCUGGACCGUAACAUUGCCCUGUUGAGAAUGGAUGGAAAAGUAGGCUUCCGACUGUGUAAUGAAACAGGUGGCAACUGCUACAACAUGGUCUUCUCCUCCGGCGUGCACGCCGUUCGAGAGUGGUACCGUUUCCACUACAUGAACAUCAUGUCCCAAGUCCCGUCCAUUUUUGACAUUCCGGACAAUGAGAAGGGCAUUAGCCACCUGGUUUAUGCCUGCCAGUACGACGGAGAAGCCUGCCGAGCCAGUGAUUCUGAGCAUUUCCACCACCCCAUCUACGGGAGCUGUUACACUUAUAACAAGAACGGCACAGAUGAAUUCUGGAGAGCUUCCAAGCCUGGGAUUCCUUACGGUCUGUCGCUGAUCUUGAAAGUGGAGCAGAAAGACCACAUCCCUCUCUUGUCCACUGUGGCCGGCGUGAAGGUGAUGAUUCAUAACCACAAUCAAUCACCCUUCUUGGAACACGAAGGGUUUGAUAUCCAGCCGGGGGUCGAGAGCACCAUCGGAAUCAAACAGGAUGAAGUGAAUCGCUUAGGUGGAAAUUAUGGAUAUUGUAUGGAGGAAGGAAAGGACGUGAGCGUCCCACUCAUCUACAAGAGCAAAUAUACAAUGCAGGCAUGUUUGCAUUUAUGUUUCCAGCACCAGAUGAUUGAAAAGUGCCACUGUGGAUAUUUCUACUACCCAUUACCUUCUGGGGCUGAAUACUGCAAUUAUAACAAGCAUCCUGCCUGGGGUCAUUGCUUCUACCAACUGUACAAACAACUUGCCCACCACAAACACAUCUGUUUCGAUAAGUGCCCCAAACUAUGCAAGGAAUCCCGAUACACACUUUCAGCCGGGUAUGCCAAAUGGCCAUCGACCAAAUCUAAGGAUUGGAUCCAUAGAGCAUUGCAAGCCCAGAACAAUUAUAACAAAAGUAGCAACAGAGAAGACCUCGCCAUGGUCAAUGUUUACUUCGAGAAGCUUGACUAUCAGUCCUGGGACGAAUCUCCAGAGUACACCGUGACAUUGGCAAUGUCCAGCAUGGGAAGCCAAUGGAGUUUAUGGUUCGGAUCUUCUGUGUUAUCCGUGGUCGAGCUGUUUGAAUUCGUGGUGGACGCCGCCAUCUUAACCCUCAUCUUCUUCUACCGGCGGCUGACGGCCAAGACCCACAAACUGACUCGCCCUCCGAAGACCCCGAGGGCGAGUUUGACGCUGGAGAACUACCGGUCCGUGGAAGAAGGCAUGGUGACCAACCACGGUGAAGAGAAGACCUCGGUGCCCAUCACCGCCAUGACGCUGGAGGACGACAGCGCCUCCACCUGUCCAAAGGAUGGGCCUCUGUCUUGCACGAAAUAUAGCAAGCACGAGGUGCCGGAACUGUACUCGGGCGUCGUGCUUCAUGGAUUCAAGCAGAAAAAUGAACACUGUGUGGACAAGGGUCCAAAUAGCUAA